AGCCCAAAUUUUAUUCAGGUACACCGACCACCAACUUGAGUUGACGCUUGACAGCAUCGUCCAGGUCUCUUUGGUGUACCUGCAGGCAUGGGAACGGACGGACUCUACGUGAUCCGCUAUCGGAACAUGUAUUUCGAAUCACACCACGGUUCUGAUGGCUAUCCAAAAGGCCUUGGCUUACAGGUGCUCCGGUUAAUCAGACAGCCCAAUGGCAUUGCGAUCUAUCAGCAGGAGUUUGGAGAGAUACUGGACGGGUCGAAGAGCCCUUGGGAUUGUCUAUUAUGGAUAGAAAAUGGCGACGAAUUUGAGCCCCCCUCCCGGGAGCGGCCGUCAGACAGUUUGAUCUGGACUUACGAGAUCGAUCUUGAUCUCAAUAUCUUCCACAUAGACAGGGCUCCGGUUUUCUCCUUGGAAUGCCUUCCAGACGAUGAGACUUUUAUCAAAUCCGUUUCCAUCGAUCAUUACGGUCACACAGCUUGCGCAUUAAAGUGCCCCCCCGAGCACAAGUACAAGAAACCAGUGGCUUUGAGCGACCUGCUCGCCAUCAGUGACGUCCUGUCUCAAAAUGUGCGCGUUCGCGUCAGAUUGCUAGAGGUCAUGGUCGGGCAGUGCAUGCGUAACUGGGAGAUUGGAAGAGAAAUAUACAAGAUUGAGCUUGUCAACGACCACAAGCAACUCACGGACAAUCAAUGGUCAAUCGCAUACUUCAUGGCCAGCAUUACAUUUGUUCCCCAGAUGUUUGACGAAACCCUGUGCGUUCGCCACCGCGAGCCGAAAAGAAAGGAGUUCAAAUGGGUUCGCGAAGACACUGUUGUUUGCAUCGCAACACAUUUGGACGACGAGAGAUGCCUACAGGCCUCUGUGUCACGCCUGAUCAAUGCGAUCUCGGAGCAGAAGGAUAAUCCUGGUUCUUACUUUGGAAUCGCGUUUUCCGUCUUCCAUUGUGUAGUCGUCAAAGUCGUCAAAGAUCCACACACGAUGACAUUCAGCCAUACGGACGCCCUCCAAUUUUUACCAUCAUUCUGCGCAAAAAAGCCUUCUACGCCGGGCAUCACUGCUCUCGCCCGUCUUGGCCACCGCAUUGAACCCGCACUCUUCAAGCGUGUUUUGGAGGUCACCAAUCACUUGCGGCACUUGAGCCGUCAAAAAAAGGAGACAUUGCCCGCACAGGGAGCUGAUGGCAGCCAUGAUGCGCCACCCAACAUCAUCUAUCCACCGCUUCCUCUUGAGCUUUGGCUAGCGAUCGCCCGUUAUCUCCCCCGUUUUGAUCUCAUCACCUUCGGAUUGGUCUCAAAACUAUGCCAGGAAGCAGCGUUGGUGCUACUCCGCUAUCCCCACCUCUUUGGCUAUCGCCUGGUCUCUGUUCCAAAGAAACCCAAGUAUUUGCGGAAGGGACACCGCUCUCUGCAUACUGCAUGUUUUUCCGCUGUGCGAGCCGACAUUUUUAAUAAGGUGGAUGUUGGAAUGGACUCGGAGUGGACAAAUAUAUCAUCAGAGAGGAUGUACACUCCCCUCAAAAUUGAUGACGACUGGCUUUUUUUGCACUUUUCAGUCCGCGGAUGA